CUCUGGGUGAUGGUGAAGAUGGCGGAUGGGGAUAGCGGGAGUGAGCGCGGUGGAAGCAGCGGCGGAGGAGGAAGCGGAUUCCAGCCUUUCCAGAGGGAUCAAGAGACCCAGGAGCUGGCGUCCAAACGGCUUGACAUCCAAAACAAGCGCUUCUAUCUGGACGUGAAGCAAAACUCGAAGGGCAGGUUCAUCAAGAUCGCCGAGGUCGGCGCUGGGGGCUCCAAAAGUCGCUUGACACUUUCCAUGUCAGUCGCGGCGGAGUUUCGGGACUACCUGGGGGACUUCAUCGAGCACUACGCCCAGCUAGGACCCAGCACCCCGGAGCAGAUCGCUCAGUCCUCCAGCGGCGAGGACGGCGGGCCUAGACGGGCCUUGAAGAGCGAGUUCCUAGUGAGGGAAAACCGCAAAUACUACCUCGAUCUAAAGGAGAACCAGCGGGGGAGGUUCCUCCGGAUCCGUCAAACCGUCAACCGCGGGCCUGGUGGCUUUGGCGUCGGAGGAGGUGUGCCCGGGGGCGGCAUGCAAUCCGGGCAAACCAUCGCCCUUCCAGCUCAGGGUCUCAUCGAGUUCCGCGACGCUCUGGCCAAACUGAUCGACGACUACGGCGGGGACGAGGAGGAGCUGGUCGGCGGCGGCGGCGCCGGAGGCUACGGGGAGCUCCCUGAGGGCACGUCAAUCUCGGUGGACUCCAAGCGGUUCUUCUUCGACGUGGGCUCCAACAAGUACGGGGUGUUUCUGCGGGUGAGCGAGGUGAAGCCCAGUUACAGAAACUCUAUCACGAUACCCUUCAAAGCGUGGAGCAAGUUCGGCGGAGCGUUCUGCCGCUACGCCGAGGAGAUGAAGGAGAUCCAGGAGCGGCACAGAGAUAAAGCGUACGAACGGAGAGCUGGAGAAGAGUCGGAGGGCGACGACUUGGAUGACGACUGACCCGCACAGAGCGAGAACCGCGCGCGCAGGAGGGGAAAGAAUUACCGUGCAUGAAACGAAGAACAUUAAUGCUCCACGGCGAAUAAAGAGGUCUGACUGAUAAACACUGUCAUGUAUAUGUAAGAGAAUCCUGUUUUUAAAGCAGUAUAGAUGUUUGGCUAGAUAAAUGGAUAUUUCUGCUGGCUGCUCUAUAGGUCUUGUCAUUUUGAAAGUUCUCCCCUUUACAAAGAAAAAAAGAAAAAAAAAAACACUCUUUCAAGUCUCCCAGAGACUUGAGUUACUGAGUUCACAAACGAGUCGACAGGGAUGUUUAGUGUUAGUGUAUCAAGAUUCGAUGAAUAUGUCUACUAUAUUAGUGUUUUUGGUGUUGUUCCAUAUGAUGGAGAGCAAACCAGCAUCAUCUGAAUGAUGUGGUGUGAAUCUCAUAGUUAGCUCAUUCAGGACGUUUUCUCUGCUAAUUCGUGUGUGUGUGUGUAUGUAUGUAUGUAUGUAUAUAUAUAUAUAUAUAUAUAUAUAUAUAUAUAUAUAUAUAUAUAUAUAUAUAUAUAUAAAAGACUCAGUUCAAACAAUGUAAAAAUUGGAGGUUGUUAAAAAGUUCAACUCGUGGACACACAAUACAGUUCAAGCAACAAUGUACAAACAGUUAAAAUGGUGCUUUAAAACUGUGCUCCGCCGGCCCACUGUGAAGACUGAGUUUCACACGGGCCGGUGAGUUUUAUUUUGUUUUCCUCUUGCAUCUUGAGAGCAAAUUACUCUUGAUUGUAUGUACUAAAUUGGGAAGUGCAUUGGGGCUGAUGCCACUAAAUUUACCAUUGAUACUGGGUUUGAUUUGGCUCUUCCCUUAAAAGGAAUGAUACUGGUUUGUCUGAAACAUCCAACUGGGACAAAUUUAGUAGUUUUCGAAUUUAAUACAUGGAGAGCUUUGGUGACAUAACUGGAAAGGAAAUCAAAUGUAGAACAACACCCAGCUGGGUUUAAAUAGAUUUAUUUUUAAAAACAAUAUACAGAAAAAUAUAUAUAUAUAUAUAUAUACAGAAAUAUAUUUAUAUAUAGACAUCAAUAUAGAAUCAAUUAUAAAUGCUUCCUGAACAGGCUAUUUAAACAAAUAAAACUCGGAUGCAAUUAUAUCUAGGGAAAUAUUUCGUACUGGUUUUCCAUACAUUUCCUAUAGUCUUUAUGGUUGGAAGAACAUAGAAAAUUAAUGACAGAAUUGUGAAAUAUACAAACUGGACUUGGAAAAAGUUCUCAGUUUAGUUUGUAUUCCAUUUUUCAGCAUCCCAAAUGAAAAUAUAACACUAAUCUUUUUUUUUUCUCAACAGUCUGUUUCUCUGCAUAUUAAGUUGUCACAUUUCUAAGUCUUAUUGCGACCUGUUUUCUCCUCUUCUCCCAGAUCUGUCAAAAUGUGUGUGCCUGUUAGCAACUUCCCUCUGUUAUCCUUCUCUUACUGAUAUUGAGUGGGUGUUAUACAUUUAUAAUUUGAUCAGAGAAAAAGGAGUGAAAUCCCUUUCCUGACCGUUUGAAUUUUCAGGCCUUAUGUAACCACAAGAAUUAGCCAUACACACCACCUGGGAGCCAUAGUGAUUUUUUACUAAUUUCACUAUUCAUAUAAGUUUUGACCUCAUUCUUGUCUGUACUGUGUUAUGUGAUAAAGGCAGCUGUUCAGUCUUGUGUACUGCUGUAAUUCUCCACAGACUUCCUUUGAACAAUAAAUAGAAUUUCUUUACUGAGAA